CUAGUUUCUGGAUUGAACUUUUGAUGUGUAGGGACUUUAGAUCUUCUCCAAAUCUAUUUGUUCCCAUUCGUGUGGGGGCUCUUCACAGCUAGAUAUUGCUCUGUCAAUGAAAGGAUCUGGUGGUGUUUAUCCGUGCGUGAUCGGGCGGACUUUAGAUCUGAGUCGAUUCUUCCGGCUUUCUUGAUGGUGGGGUCGUUAGUUUGUUUGUGGGGAAUUUCAACUGAUUGUUCCUUUGGUAUUCUGUUCUCAAUGUAAAUGUUGCUGCUUAGAAGCUGAAAUGCUGAACUAUUGAAUGUUCUGUUUCAGCAUUAGUUUGAGAAGGAGUGUGCUUGUUUUGUAUCAACCUGAUGACAGUGUUACACUAUGGGUAAACAAAGUUGGUCCAUAUAACAACCCUCAAGAAACGUAUAACUAUUAUAGUCUUCCAUUUUGCCAGCCUGCUGAGAACCCUCCUCAUAAGUGGGGUGGGCUUGGAGAAGUUUUGGGUGGAAAUGAACUGAUUGACAGCCAGAUCGAAUUAAAAUUCCAGAAAAAUGUUGACAAAGGUUCCAUUUGUUCUCUUGAACUCAAUGAUGUCAAGGUGAAUCUAUUUAAGGAUGCAAUUGAGAGUUCAUAUUGGUUUGAAUUCUUCAUAGAUGAUUUACCAUUAUGGGCCUUUGUUGGAGAGACUGGAAAAACUGAUGAAAGCAAGCAUUAUCUCUUCACAAACAAGAAUAUCGUUGUGAAAUACAAUAGAGACCAGAUUAUUCAUGUUAAUAUCACCCAAGAAACCCCCAAACUGUUGGAACCUGGAAAGACAUUAGAGAUGACAUAUUCAGUUAAAUGGAUCCCAACAAAUGUAACAUUUGCUCAUCGUUUUGAUGCAUACUUGGAUUACCCUUUCUUUGAACACCAGAUCCACUGGUUUUCUAUCUUUAACUCCUUCAUGAUGGUUAUUUUCCUCACCGGCCUGGUCUCUAUGAUACUCAUGCGGACUCUUAGAAAUGAUUACGCUAAAUAUGCACGUGAAGAUGAUGAUUUAGAGACUCUGGAAAGAGAUGUGAGUGAAGAUUCUGGUUGGAAGCUUAUUCAUGGUGAUGUUUUCAGGCCUGUUCGCAAUUUGGCUCUUCUUUCAGCUGUUGUUGGUACUGGUGCCCAGCUUGCAUUGCUUGUUCUCCUAGUCAUUUUGCUGGCAAUAGUUGGGAUGCUCUAUGUUGGGCGAGGAGCUAUUCACACAACUUUCAUAUUAUGCUAUGCUUUCACCUCAUUCAUUUCGGGCUACGUUAGUGGCGGACUCUAUUCACGGAAUGGCGGUAAAAGCUGGAUUAAAUCAAUGAUUCUCACAGCAUCUCUUUUCCCGUUUUUAUGCUUUGGAAUUGGCUUUGCACUCAACACAAUCGCUAUAUUCUAUCGGUCAUUAGCAGCUAUUCCUUUCGGAACAAUGGUGGUUGUUUUUAUUAUCUGGGCCUUUAUCUCUUUUCCUCUCACACUUUUGGGAACUGUGGUGGGUAGAAACUGGAGUGGUGCUCCUAGCAAUCCUUGUCGUGUGAAGACCAUUCCUCGUCCUAUACCUGAGAAAAAGUGGUAUCUCACACCCUUCGUUGUCUCACUUAUGGGCGGACUACUUCCUUUUGGCAGCAUCUUCAUUGAAAUGUACUUUGUAUUCACAUCUUUCUGGAACUACAAGGUUUACUAUGUAUAUGGAUUCAUGUUACUGGUUUUCCUAAUUCUCAACAUCGUUGCUGUCUGUGUUACAAUCGUUGGCACAUAUUUCCUUCUAAACGCUGAGAACUAUCACUGGCAGUGGACCUCUUUCUUCUCCGCUGCUUCGACUGCUGCAUACGUAUAUCUUUACUCCAUUUAUUACUAUUAUGUGAAGACCAAAAUGUCAGGUUUCUUCCAGACGAGCUUCUACUUCGGCUACACCCUCAUGUUUUGUCUUGGAUUAGGAAUACUCUGUGGUGCUGUGGGUUUUCUCGGUUCGUCCUUGUUCGUCCGAAGAAUUUAUCGGAACAUCAAAUGCGAUUAGAUACGAUGAAGUUUUGGUAUUUCGAGCCGAUUUUCAUGUCCUAAGGAAAACAUUUUGAGCAAUCAAAGAUGAAGAUGAAUUGCUAGCAGAAAUUAUAUUUUCAUGGUUACCUCUGUCUUUCUUUUUAAUACCUCCUUUAAAUUUAUUUGAGAUAUAAUCUUAGGGUGAAAUGGAGUUUUGAUUUUGUAUGAUUGUAAUUUUUUGUAUGAUAUAUGGACCCAAAGGUGGCUGCUUAUCUCCAAAUUUGUAGCAUUUUUUUUCUUGUUGCUGGAAUCCGAGGUGAGUUUAUAAUAUAUCUUUGGAUUUGGAUCUCUUUCUUUUAAA